AUAAAACUUUACGACUAAUUUUUUGCGAUCCUCGUCUGUUUCCUCAUGGCCUUUCUCUGCAACGUCCAGUCCAUCAGGUACUACGUUCAUGUGAGUUUCCUCAUCACGGUUCCCAUCUCGAGAGGGAAGAGAGAGCACUGUGAGUACGUGUCUAGAAACCUGAACAGAGCUAGCUACUUCUGGUCUCUCGGAUUGCGAGCUUUCUACUUCUCCUUCCCGCUCUUCCUGUGGAACUUCGAUUCUACUACAAAAGAAAUGGCUGCUUCAAGUGCUGUAACCGCUGACUACGUCCUCAAGCCACCUCCAUAUAUACUCUCUGGAUGCUCUGGAGCCGCAUAUGAGCCGACAAACUCUGGAGUUUCACUGGGGAAAGAAUCACAGGGCUUACGUGGACAACCUCAAAAAACAGUUUCUUGGAUCCGAGCUCGAAGGCAAGACCUUAGACCACAUCAUCCUCAACACUUACAACAACGGCGACCUCCUCCCUGCCUUCAACAACGCUGCUCAGGCAUGGAACCACGAGUUCUUCUGGGAAUCAAUGAAACCAGGUGGUGGUGGAAACCCAUCAGAAGAGCUUCUGGCUCUGCUUGAAAGAGAUUUCACUUCUUAUGAGAAAUUCUAUGAUGAGUUCAAUGCUGCUGCUACCACUCAAUUCGGAGCUGGCUGGGCCUGGCUUGCUUACGAAGAUAACAAACUAAAAAUAGUGAAAACUCCUAAUGCUGUGAAUCCCCUUGUGCUUGGUUCUUUCGUAAGUUUCUCAAUCAAGAACUUGAAUACAGAGUUUACUUGCUUAGAGAUCAUCUUACAUUUGU